GCCAGCCACAAUCUGACACCCGUACAUGGAUGGACAGCCCACCUCUACACCCCCACAAUGCGUCCUCCACACCACCUCCCCGUCAUCCUCCACAAUAACAACCGUGGCCUGCUCAUCAUCCAGCCGUCCACUCUCGACGUGCUCCAGCUCUCGGGCGAUGGCCCGCCUCCCAAGCGGCUACUCACGUGCCCUCUGACGAACUUUCUCAAGGCAUAUCUCGCCCCUGCUCCUGAGAACUCAGCACGGCGGCUGGACCUGCAUUGUCUAGGAGGGGGCAUGGGCACGCAGCUGAAACUCGUCAAACUUCAUGUAUUGGUGGAACCCAUCAACAUACCAGAAACGAAUGAGUGGAUAAGAAUGCUAAUGGAGGCAGCUUAUGGCUCGAUCAAGCCCUUCAGAAAUGUUUUGAUCUUGGUCAACCCCGUAGGCGGAAAGGGUAAAGCAAAGGAUAUAGUACAAGAUACUGUUAUUCCUAUACUUGAAGCAGCGGGAACAACUGUAACCGUCAAAGAAACUACUCACAGGCUACAUGCCGAAGAGAUUGCAAGUUCUAUGGAUCUGAUAUACGAUGUGAUUGUCACUGCCUCUGGAGACGGUCUUGUUUAUGAGGUUGUCAACGGCCUUGCAUCCCGCUCAGACGCCCGCAAGGCGUUGCUGACGCCUAUCGCUCCCAUCCCAACAGGUUCAGCCAAUGCUGUCUGCACAAACUUAUUCGGCGUUAAGGACACUUUCAACAUACCUUUAGCUGUACUCAACAUUAUCAAAGGAUGUAACCUCCCCAUUGAUCUUUGCUCCGUCCUUAUCCUCCCAUCCAUGACCCGACGCUUCGCUUUCCUUUCUCAGGCAAUUGGUCUCAUGGUAGAUCUCGACAUUGGUACAGAAAAUCUCAGGUGGAUGGGGGAUACCCGCUUUUUAGUUGGGUUUCUUAAAGGAAUAGCGAACAAUAAGGGCGCUCGUUGUCGAUUGAGGCUCAAAGUUGUCGAAGACGACAAGCAGAACAUGGCUAAAAAGGCAAAGGAACGGACACAGCAAGGGACGACGGAGGGUGCUGUUACUCCGUUGAUCAACGGGACGAGAAAUAUGAGCGUGGACGGUGAGACGCCGGUCUCUACGAACGAUAAUAUCAUCGGCGAGCACGAACCCUCAGCAGUUAUCGGAGAACCUAUAUCAUCUGCCAGCCACACACCACCAAAGCCUGCCAACGCUAAUUAUGUCCCGGACCACGGUCCUAUUCCAGAUGCUCUGCCACUGAAACACGAUGAGACUUGGCUAACUAUUGAGAGUCUCCCGAAGAAGUCAUCCAUCAAGCCCAAAAAGUCUAUUCAGAGUUUGAAGGCACUACGCAAGGCUUCAGCACAAAACAAGUGGGUUGACGGACAAGAGAUUCUAUAUUUCUAUGCUGGAAUGAUGCGUUGGGUGGCUCGAGAUCUGAUGCAAUGGCCUGUCUCCAUCCCAGGAGAUGGCCUGAUAGAUGUAGUUGUCCAAAGCGUAGUACCGAGGCUGACUAUGGCAAAUGCGAUUGCCGGCGCCGAAAAAGGAGAGACAUAUUGGAUGGAUUGCCAGUACUACUACAAGGUUUCACAGUUCAUCGCAGAGAACUUGGACACGGAGAAUCAACCACUUUUUACCAUCGAUGGCGAAGCCUUCCCCUUUGAAUCGUUCCAUGUCGAGGUACAUACUCGAGUUGCCAAUCUUCUUAGCCUAAACGGAGACUUUUUCACCUCCGAUUUCUUGAAGAAGCCCACUGGAAAGAGUUAAGGCCGUCGCACAUAAAUUUCAAGGUUAGAGUAUAUUUGUAUUGUGAAAAGGCUGCAUGAACACCCACAGUACGAACGCCAGUCAUUAUACACCAUCGUUUAAGCAUCAGCACCUUGCUCAUCUUUCGUCUUUCAAUAUAUUCAAAUGACGAGUAACGUACAUGGACCAAUGCAAAAACGA